AACAGCAGUCAGUUCAUUCACUCUUCUUUCUGGAGAAGGGAGGGGAUAAAAGGUAUCUGGCCUCUGCUUAGAAAAAGCCUGGAGAGCUCCUGUGUAGCAUCGCCUGCCGCUCCCUUCCCAGGCUCGGACCAUGCCCCACUGCAUCUUCCUGCGCAGCCACAGGCGAGGAGUGGAUUUCUGCAGCUGAGAGAGAAAAGUUUGUUUUUUACUUUUCUUCUUCCCAACAACUGAAUCAUGCCAUGUGCACAGAGGAGCUGGCUUGCAACGCUCCCCGUGGUGGUGGCUCAACUUCUUAACUUUGGGGCGCUUUGCCACGGGAAACAACCUCAGCUGGGCCCAAUUCGCUUCCCAGACCCUAAACAAGAUCAUUUUAUCAAGACCCUUCCAGAAUACCACGUGGUGGGGCCAGUCCGAGUAGAUGCCAGUGGGCAUUUUCUGUCCUAUGGCCUGCGUCAUACUGUUGCCAGCAGCAGGAGGAAGAGAGCUGUAGGUGGCUCAGAUGACCCGGUAUACUACAGAAUUUCACAUGAAGAGAAAGAUCUGAUUUUUAACCUGACGGUCAACUGGGGAUUUCUUUUCAAUAGCUAUAUCGUGGAGAGAAGAUACGGGAACCUGUCUCAUGUUAAGAUGGUGGCCUCCUCGGGCCCACCCUGCCAUCUCAGGGGCACAGUUCUACAGCAGGGCACUACAAUUGGGACAGCAGCCCUCAGUGCCUGCCAUGGAUUGACUGGAUUUUUCCAUCUACCACAUGGAGACUUUUUCAUUGAGCCUGUCAAAAAGCAUCCUCUGGCUGAGGGAGGGUACCAACCUCAUAUCGUAUACAGGAGGCAGAAACGGAGAGUUCCAGAGACAAAGGAACCUACCUGCGGAUUAAAGGAUAGUCUUGGUAACUCUAAGAAGCAAGAGCUACAGCGAGAGAAGUGGGAAAGGAACCACUUGCCAAGCAAAAGCCUCUCCCGGCGCUCCAUCAGCAAGGAGAGAUGGGUGGAGACACUGGUGGUGGCCGACACGAAGAUGGUUGAGUACCAUGGAAGUGAGAAUGUGGAGUCCUACAUCCUCACCAUCAUGAACAUGGUUACUGGGUUGUUCCAUAACCCAAGCAUUGGCAAUGCAAUUCACAUCGUUGUGGUUCGGCUCAUUCUACUUGAGGAAGAAGAGCAAGGAUUGAAAAUAGUUCACCAUGCAGAGAAGACACUGUCCAGUUUCUGCAAGUGGCAGAAAAGCAUCAAUCCCAAGAGCGACCUCAACCCUGUCCAUCAUGAUGUGGCUGUCCUUCUUACCAGAAAAGACAUCUGUGCUGGUGUUAAUCGUCCCUGUGAGACACUGGGCCUUUCUCAACUGUCAGGAAUGUGCCAACCUCACCGGAGUUGUAACAUCAAUGAAGACUCUGGCCUCCCUCUCGCUUUCACCAUUGCCCAUGAACUCGGGCACAGCUUCGGAAUCCAGCAUGAUGGGAAAGAAAAUGACUGUGAGCCAGUGGGCAGGCACCCAUACAUCAUGUCCUACCAAAUUCAGUACGAUCCCACCCCGCUGACAUGGUCCAAAUGCAGCAAGGACUACAUCACUCGCUUCUUAGACCGAGGCAGGGGAUUCUGUCUUGAUGAUAUCCCCAAAAAGAAAGGCUUGAAGUCCAACGUCAUUGCCCCUGGAGUGAUCUACGAUGUUCAUCACCAGUGUCAACUCCAAUAUGGCCCCAAUGCUACCUUCUGCCAGGAAGUGGAAAAUGUUUGCCAGACACUGUGGUGCUCAGUGAAAGGCUUUUGUCGUUCUAAACUGGAUGCUGCUGCAGAUGGGACACGCUGCGGUGAGAAGAAGUGGUGUAUGGCUGGAAAGUGUAUCACAGUGGGGAAGAAGCCAGAGAGCAUUCCUGGAGGCUGGGGACGUUGGUCUUCCUGGUCUCAUUGCUCCAGGACCUGUGGGGCAGGAGCUCAGAGCGCAGAGAGGCUCUGCAACAACCCUGAACCAAAGUUUGGAGGGAAAUACUGCACUGGAGAAAGAAAACGCUAUCGCUUGUGCAACGUCCACCCUUGUCAAUCAGAUUUUCCAACAUUUCGGCAGAUGCAGUGUAGUGAAUUUGACACAGUUCCCUACAAAAAUGAAUUCUAUCACUGGUUUCCAGUGUUUAAUCCAGCACAUCCUUGUGAGCUGUACUGCAGACCAAUAGAUAAACAAUUUUCUGAGAAAAUGCUGGAUGCUGUCAUCGAUGGAACCCCUUGCUUUGAAGGUGGCAACAGCAGAAAUAUCUGUAUUAAUGGCAUGUGUAAGAGGGUUGGCUGUGACUAUGAGAUUGACUCCAAUGCCACAGAGGAUCGCUGUGGUGUGUGCCUUGGAGAUGGCUCUGCCUGCCAGACUGUGAAGAAGAUGUUUAAACAGAAAGAAGGAUCAGGUUAUGUUGACAUUGGACUCAUUCCCAAAGGGGCAAGGGACAUUAGGGUAAUGGAGACCAAGGCAGCUGGAAACUUCCUGGCCAUCAGGAGUGAAGACCCAGAGAAAUAUUACCUCAAUGGAGGGUUUAUUAUCCAGUGGAAUGGGAACUAUAAGCUGGCAGGGACUGUCUUCCAAUAUGACAGGAAAGGAGAUCUGGAGAAGCUGAUGGCUCCAGGACCCACCAACGAGUCAGUAUGGAUCCAGCUACUAUUCCAGGUGACUAAUCCUGGCAUCAAGUAUGAAUACACAAUCCGAAAAGAUGGCCUGGACAAUGACAUGGAGAAGCUGCUGUACUUCUGGCAGUUUGGCCGCUGGACAGAGUGCAGUGUUACGUGUGGGACAGGUGUCCGCCACCAGACUGCUCAUUGUGUGAAGAAAGGCCGAGGGAUAGUGAAAGCUACAUUCUGUAAUCCAGAAACACAGCCCAGUGCAAGACAGAAGAAGUGCUAUGAAAAGGAUUGUCCACCCAGGUGGUGGGCAGGGGAGUGGGAAGCAUGUUCAACAACAUGUGGACCCUAUGGAGAAAAGAAGCGAACAGUACUGUGCAUCCAGACAAUGGGCUCUGAUGAGCAGGCUCUCCCUGCUACAGACUGCCAGCAUCUGCUGAAGCCCAAGGCCUUUGCUUCCUGUAACAGAGAGAUUCUGUGUCCAUCAGACUGGACAGUAGGCAAUUGGAGUGAGUGCUCUGUUUCCUGUGGUGGUGGAGUGCGGAUUCGCAGUGUCACAUGUGCAAAGAACCAUGAUGAACCUUGUGACAAGACAAGAAAACCCAAUAGUCGAGCUCUGUGUGGCCUCCAGCAAUGCCCAUCUAGUCAUAGAGUUCUGAAACCCAACAAAGUUAUAAUUUCCAGUGCAAAAAACCAACCAACAUCAGAGCCAGACCCCUUCAAGCCCAUUCCUCUACCUACAUCCAGGCCCAUAUCAGUGUCCCCACCUGAAUCUGUGAGCACAAGCACUCCAGCAAUCAAUGUCCCUAGUCCCACCACAGCAUCCAAAGGAGAACCAGAUGGGAAAGAAUGGCAAAAUAAUUCAACUCAAGCUAAGCAGGACUCCAAUCAUCUUUUUGCCUCUGGAAGCACUGUCCAGCCCACCCUUACUUCCUGGUCUUUGAGUAUCCAACCUGAUGAUGAAAAUAUUUCUAGUUCAGCUACAGGUCCCACUUCCGAAGUUGACUUUUUGGCUACAACAACAAGUGGUUCUGACUCAUCGUCUUCCAGCAAUGCUGUGACUUGGCAGAUAACUUCAUUUUAUAAGCCCUUGACCAAAGAUCCAGAAACAGAGGUGCAUAGUGGCUCAGGGGAAGACAGCAAUCAGCCUGAGAACACGGAUGAAAACAAGUCUGUGAUAUGGAGUAAGAUCAGAGUACCUGAACAUGGCACUCCCAUGGAAUGGAGUACAGAGAUGCCACUUGGACCUCCACCAACACCUUAUCUUGGGGAGGAGUCCUCAUGGCCUCCCUUCAGCACAAUGAUAGAGGGAUCAUUACCUGCCUGGUCCCUUAAAAAUGAGACACCAGGAAGUGAGAUGGUCACUGAGAAGUCAAGGAAUACUCCAUACUCUGUUGAAGACCACCAGCCAGCACCGUCAGGAAAGUCAGGGAACCAUCACCACUUGGCAUUUACAAAUAAUAUGACUCUAACCCAAGACUCUGGACUUGUUUUGACUGAGGAAGAUGCAUCCAGUCUAAUUGCUGAGGGAUUUUUACUGAAUGCCUCCAAUUACAAGCACUUCAUAAAAGACCACAGCCCUGCAUACUGGAUUGUUGGAAACUGGAGUGAAUGCUCCACCACAUGUGGACUGGGGGCCUACUGGAGGAGCGUGGAGUGCAGCACCAGGAUGGAUGCUGACUGUGCAGCCAUCCAGAGGCCUGAUCCUGCUAAGAAGUGCCACCUCCGUCCCUGUGCUGGCUGGCGAGUGGGAAACUGGAGCAAGUGCUCCCGAAACUGCAGUGGGGGCUUCAAGAUUCGUGAGAUUCAGUGUGUGGACAGCAGGGACCAGCACCGGAGCCUGAGGCCAUUUCACUGCCAAUUCCUGGCUGGCAUUCCUCCCCCACUGAGCAUGACCUGUAACUUGGAGCCCUGUGAAGAAUGGCAGGUGGAGCCCUGGAGCCAGUGUUCUAGGUCCUGUGGAGGAGGUAUUCAGGAAAGAGGGGUAUCUUGUCCAGGAGGCUUCUGUGACUGGACAAAAAGACCCCCAUCAACUGCUCCCUGCAACAGGCACCUUUGCUGUCACUGGGCCACUGGGAACUGGGACCUGUGUACCACUUCCUGUGGUGGUGGCUUUCAGAAGAGGACUGUACAUUGUAUCCCCUCAGAGAAUGGUACAACUGACGGUCAAGACCAAUGCCUGUGUGACCACGAACUCAGACCUCCAGACUCCCAAAACUGCAGCCAGCAAGCCUGCAGGAUAAGUGCUGAUUUACUUUGCACAAAGGACAGGUUGUCAGCCAGUUUCUGCCAGACACUAAAAUCCAUGAAGAAAUGUUCUGUGCCCACUGUGAGGGCUCAAUGUUGCCUCUCCUGUCCACAGACACAGAGCAUCCACACCCAGAGGCAAAGAAAACAGCAGUUGUUCAAAAAUCCUGAUACCUUCUAGGUCCAGAAGGAAGCUACCAGCAUAGACCUCCACAGCCCGCUGCCUAUUCUAGCCCUGAGGGCCACUUCAUUGAUAUCUCACUCUAUAUUUCAAGUCUAACUUUAGGUCAUAACAAAACAAAACUCAGUGUGUUUGUCUAGCCACAAAAUAUCCCCCACAGGAAGCCUGGACCUGGCCCUGUCCUGAUAGGAAAGCCAAGAAUUUGAAAGAAUUCUGAAGCAGCUGGGAUGAGCUCCUAAGAACAGUGCCAGAUUAGGCAGAAGUGUGGAAAGAUGUCUUUUCCCCUUUAAAGUUAAAGCAAAGACCAGGCUUUUCCUAGACUACCUCAAGAGUACCAAGAAACAUAGUCACACUUAUAAAUAGACAUCAAGGAACAAAUAAUAUUUUAAAUUGGCUUGAUGAGUAUACCCUCUGUAGCUACAUGGGGUAGCUGCUGCUUAAAAUGUCAUAGGAAGCUUUUAGGAACAUUCAUCCAGUAGUCAAUAAGGGUAGGAAGAGAAUGCUGGAUAUAUCCCAGUCUAGUCUCAGUCCCUACAGGACUCCACAACUGGACUUUUCAAAGUCCUGGGACAAACCACGGAAACUCAAGAUUAAGUUCAUACAGGCAUUAGAUGCAGCCUAAGGGGAUUAAGUCAGUAACCUGGAAACCACCUCUAACUUAAGUGUAAUUUCUUUGAAAAGCUCUAAAAAAAUGAACAGAAAUUAAUUUCUUACUAGCAUAAGAAAGAAAAUGUGGGCCUUUAUUAUCCCCACUUUAUUAAUGCUGUCAAUUCCUUCACAGACCAAAUAAAUGUCCCUGUCUGCUAUUCUCUCCCUUGCCGAGUCCCUGUGUGGGUCAUGGCCUUAGGUCCUACCAUCAUCCUAAGUGGAAUUAUACAUAAAACUACUUCAACUAGGGUCAUGGCUGUCAGUUGACCCUACCACUCCCCUGGGAGAGAAAAUGAAACUAUAGAUUAAACCAGUUCAAAGAACCAGGUACACUUACUAAGUAUAGGAACUUAGUACAAAAUUACAGUCUGGGGGAAAAACUCUAAAAUGUAAGGAAAAAUUACCUACUCAGCAUACUCAUUAUUGACUUUUUAAAGUCUUAUACUACUAGAGAAAUGGCUCUGUGGUGCAUGUGUAGCAUGUACAAGGUUGUAAGGUUUGAUCUCCAGCAACACACAUAGAGAAACAAAUAUACAGGUCAAUUUACCUCGCUGAGAACAGCCAAGUCAAAACGGUCCAAAAUCCUGAAUUAAAAGUUAAAAUGUUUAUUCUAAAUGUUCCUUCCUACUGAAAUCAAAAUAUGCUGUGAUCUCAAAUUCAGAGCAAAUUUUCAAGAAACUCAUGUCAACUAGGAGAUCCUUUUAGAAACUGAACCCAUACAGAAAGGGUGGGUGGGUAGGGAGGUGGAGAGGUAUAAAUCCCAGGGUAUGAAGACCUCAGAACCAAUUCUUGACAGCUGGAAGGCAAAGCAUGCCUUCAUAUGCUAGACAGAAUAAUUGUGGGCUUGUGCACCAAUAUACAUAGUCCCCAUCUUGGAUCACAACAGCCCACGUCUCCCUUUAAUUUCCUAUCCAUUCAGCAGAAUGGUGCUACUAAAAGUGGUGCUAAUACCUAGAUGGUAGAAGAACUAAUCUAAAAAGAACAGCUGGUCAUACAAAUGGUUAAUAGUAUACAAACCUCCAAAUAGACAUCAGCUUAAUGUGGAAUGAAUGGUGUUGCUGGCCAAUGCCAGUUUUACUGCUUAGAUACCAUGAAUCUAAUAUUUUCUAUUAUGGGCUUUUAAACUCUUUUUAGGCCACUAGUGUGUAUUAUUCUGAUAAAUUUCUGUGAAAAAUAGAACACUAAGCUUUGGAUGAAAUUCAAGGUACACCAGAAAUAGGAGAAAGUAUUUGCUAAAGCCAAGGAAUUUAUGUGUAGACAAACAUAUACUCUUGUAUUUUCUAUCUUUAAAUAUAAACAUUGCUGGCCAAUGACAAUCUCUGGUGAAAUAACAGUUUUAGAGAAAUAUUUACGUUGUUACUUUUAGUGACAUGAAUGGAGGAGAACCUGACUUUUUCUGAGGCGUUUGAAAAGACUAAUAUAGGCUUUCAGAAGGAUUAGUGAGCCAGAUUUAUUUAACUUAGCAUGGUUCUAUACUAGCACAGGGUAAAAUGCAUCAUAUCAGAGAAUUGGGUAUGACCAGGUUUAUAAAACUCAGGAAUAAAUCUGGAUUUCUACUGACUUCAACAAACUAAGCCAGAUUUCCCAAUGCAAUAUAUCACAUCAUUUUGGCCUAUGUAGUGGACAAGAUUGCAAAUACAUGUGGAAAGCCUGGCCAGGUGCUCUAUUCUAGAUCUUUCUCCAGUUUUUCAAGGAUAGGAAAUUGGUCUCUGAUCAUGUAACACAGACAUCCUCUUCCUCUACUGAGACUGUGUUGUGAGACUUUUGUAUAACAUUCAUCAUUUGUGCUUGCUGUAAGAGACAUCCAUCAAUUGCUCCACUGUGAGUUAUCAGUGUUUCUAUAGUUACUGGUGCUUGAAAUGUUAGAGGAGCCUCGGAUGACAGAGCAUGGCAUCAAGAACCUAAAUGGUGUCUUCAUUUCUUUAAUAUUUGCAGGGGCCAAUAUGCAACAGAUCAUUGGUUUAAUUUAUCCUGGUUCUCCUUUACCCCCACCUUGAAGGAGCGAGCAAUAAAUGUAACAAGAGACACUGGAUUUACAUGUACCAUGAGCCAGAGAGGUCCACAAUAUGGCCUUGUGCUUAAAUACAUCCUGUUUGGUUUACACAGCGUUUCAUAGUGGUAGCAUGAUCUCUUAUCUAAAACAAUGUGAGUUACUUCUUGAACAUCAAAACAUUAUACCAUGAGAGAACAAUAUUCCUAGAAAGUUAGUAGUGAAUACUUUCUUAAUUCAGUAUUCAUGUCCUAAGAAUUUCUUUCUUAGUAUAGGCAUAUUUAAUGAUAGGUUUUCUUAAGCAAAAGUACACCUCCAUCUAGUGUCCUGAGACAGCCAUGUCUCCACUAGUAUUCCAAUGCAGUGCUUUCAGAAAAUCUGUUUGGAACAACCUGUCGUGUAUCUGAAACACAGUUUGAGGGAUUAUAUUAUUCCAGAUCCUAGCUUCCCAUUUAAUUGGCUUAAAUUCUCUGCAAGCUACCCUAGACAGUACAGGUCUGAGCUUUCUCUUUUCUGACUUCAAGAUGAAGCUCUGGGACAGCGUAACUGGUGCUCAAUCCACAGUGAUUCACUUUCCAGGGAAAGAUCACAUUAACUUCCUGGUGCUAUAGCUUAGCCAAUAUAUCUGAUGCUACUUUUGUUACUAAUUCAAAUAUUUUAAGUUGUGUCACUAAAAAUAAUGUGGUAGGGAAAAUGCCUUUCUACCUAUUAUUGUCCUCCAAAGUGGUGGUAUGACAUUCAUGGCUCCUUGCCGUCCCUGUAUUUCUGUGUUGCUUCAUGAACUGAUGACCCCACCUCCUCAUGUACCCUAAUGAGUACCUUAGUACUUAAAAUGAGAUUAUAAUCGUAGCCUGCCUUUGUGUGGCAUCAAUAAAUGAUCAAACUCA